AUGAGGCUGCAUGGUGGUAAUACAGAGGAGGAGAAGAAAAAGAUAAAAGCAUUCAGCGAAUGGCAACUCAAGGUUGGGAACGGCAUGGUUGAUCCAGUUAGCAUUGGAGAUCAUGUUUCAGAAGUUUUAUUCAAACUUCCGGAAGAGCAUGUUGUCCACUCCAAUGACAACGCAGUACAAGAUCUCAUAGAUGUUAUCUAUCCAGAUUUCACGGCCAACAUGUCCUCUCGGAAGUACCUCAGUUCCCGUGCAAUACUCACACCUACAAAUGCGGUUGUUGAUGACAUAAAUAAAGCUAUACUGGAUAAGACACCCGGUGAAAUUUUCACCUACUACAGCCAAGAUUCUAUGGAGGAUAAAGACAUUGAGCAGAAUGAAUUCGAUGAGUCAUUCCCUGUGGAAUAUCUAAAUUCUCUCAACAUGCCAUGCAUCCCAAAACGUGAACUAAAGCUAAAGAUUGGCACACCCAUAAUGUUAAUGAGGAACCUUAAUCAAAUAAAUGGCUUAUGUAAUGGGACUCGGAUGAUUGCCACCGGUUGUAAGAAGAACAUCAUUGAGUGUGAGAUCAUGUGUGGUUCAAAUAUUGGAACGAAACAUCCAAUUCCAAGGAUCGAGAUGGUGCCAACAGAAAUACCAUGGCCAUUUGACUUUAAAUGUACUCAAUUUCCAUUACAGAUAUGUUUUGCUAUGACCGUAAAUAAAAGCCAGGGACAGUCACUUGAUCAUGUUUGUUUAUAUCUGCCCAGGCCGGUUUUUUGUCAUGGUCAGUUGUAUGUGGCUAUUUCCAGGGUGACUUCUGCUUCUGGACUUCAUAUCUUGGUAGUAAGUAAUGAAGGUUCAACUACAAAUAUUACAUCAAAUGUGGUAUUUGAGGAAGUCUUUUAUAACUUGCCUCAAGAUCAUGGGACAUCCUAA